AUGUUGAAAGAUGUGGCUGGAAUGAAGAGUCAAGCGUUACAACCACCCAUUAAUCUACGUCCCCAGAGAAGCUUUGUGUCAUCUUCAGUUCAAACAAGUGCUGCAUCAAAACCGAUACAACGAACCGAUAAUCUGUCGUACAAAAAUACUCAAACGACGGUAUUGUUAAUACCCAAAGAAAAAAGCGGAAAAGAUGAAGAAACACCAGAAUUAGUGAAACAAUUAGAAGACAACGUGGAGGAAGUGAAUGAUCAUGUUCGAUUAUGGCAAGAAGGAUGGCGUGAACGAUAUUAUAAAAACAAGUUUAAUGUAGAUAAAGAUGAGAGUGAUCAAUUUCGUGCUGAAGUGGCAUGUCAGUAUGCAAGAGGUUUAUGUUGGGUGCUAAGGUAUUAUUAUCAUGGAGUGCCCGCUUGGGACUGGUUUUAUCCAUAUCACUAUCCACCGUUCGCUUCUGACUUUAUCAAUUUGAAAAAUGUAUCAACAGUAUUCGAUAGCAAAAUAAAACCGUUGAAACCGUUAGAACAGUUGAUGGCCGUCUGUCCACCUCAGUCACGACAGUUACUACCAGAAAAAUGGCAAACACUGACGUUUGAUAAACUAUCGCCAAUUAUCGAUUUUUAUCCGAUAAAUUUUUCUAUCGAUUCGAACGGUAAUCAAUACGCGUGGCAAGGUAUUGCUGUACUACCAUUUGUUGACGAAAAACGUCUACGUCAUACAUUGGAGUCAAUCUGUGAAACAUUAACAAAUCAUCAGAAAAAACGAAAUAAAAAUGAAGAUGAUCAAUUGUAUGUGCAUCGUCGUAAUAAAUAUUCCAAGCAUUUCGAUCAAUUGUACGUAGACAAUACAAAUAUUCUAAACAUAGGAAAUGCUAUUAAUAUUCAAACAUCGUUGAAUGAUGGUAUAGCAGGAAAAAUCUGGUGUGACAAACACAUGCUUUGUAUUAAUGGAACACUAAAAUCACCAUUAUCUCAAGCGAAUGAUAUAGAACACAAUCAAGUGAUAAGUGUCAAAUAUCGAAAUUCAAAGUAA